AUGAAUGUUCUUGUCAAUGAAGAUACUUUUAGUGAUCAAAUUGCGCAGUUUUGGCAGUUAGAAAGUUUAGGGAUUGAAUCAGAAACUAUUGUAGAUAGCACUAAAUCUGAUAUUAUGGAAUCUUUUAAUUCCACUAUCAAGUAUGAAAAUAACCGUUAUACAGUCAAAUUACCAUGGAAACAAGGGAUGAAGCAAAAUUUAGAUGAUAAUAAAGAAGUUGCUAAAAGACGAUUUUUACAUUUGAAAAAUAAAUUGCUGAGGAAUAAUUCCUUACAUCAUAAUUAUGAAUUAAUAUUGAAGAAUUAUUUGGCUGAAAAUAUUAUCGAAUUUGUAGAUGAGCAGGAUAUUACAACUGAUAAUCCAAUAUUUUAUUUACCACAUAGAUGUGUUGUGCGAGAAGAUAAAACAACCAGUAGAUUAAGAAUAGUUUUCGACGCAUCGUCGCAUGCCCCAGGAGAGAUUUCUCUUAACGAUUGCUUAGAGUCCGGACCAAAUUUGAAUCCAGAUAUUUUCGAACUUUUGGUUCGCUUCCGGAAUUUCCCCAUUGGAUUUAUCAGUGAUAUAAAACAAGCAUUUUUUCAAAUUCAAAUCUGUGAGGAAGACAGAGAUGUUAGUCGGUUCUUUUGGUUUGAGGACGAAAAUAUUUUGAAGACUCUGAAAUUUACAAGAGUUCUUUUCGGUUUAAAUUCGAGCCCGUUCCUUUUGGCCGGAACGAUUAAAUAUCACAUUUCUAAAUACGAGCAGACACACCCUAAAGCUUACAAAUUAUUGAAUGAAUGCCUAUAUGUAGAUGAUCUCAUAGGAGGUCACGAAGACGUUGAAGGAGCGCUUCAAGUCAGUAUGGAAUGCAGGGAUAUUUUCUUAGAAGCUGGAAUGGAUCUCCGAAAGUUUCAAACGAGCUCCAAGGAGCUUAGAGAUCUCUGGAGGGAAUCGGGACUGUCCGUGGAAGAAUCAAUUGACAUUGUUUUAGAAAAUGAUUCCUUGAAGGUGCUAGGAAUGUCUUGGAACAUGGACACCGACAACUUUUAUUUUGAUUCCAAACAUCUGGAAACUUUUUUGGAGAAACAAACAAAUACCAAGCGUUUUUUGCUUCAGGUAGCCAGUCGCAUUUUCGAUCCCUUAGGUUUUCUCGCCCCCUUUACAAUAAUCAUUAAAUGUCUCAUACAGGAAUUGUGGAAUUCCGGUUUGGAUUGGGAUGAUCAGAUAUCUGGAGACUUAAACGCGAGAUGGAUUAAAUGGUGCAACGAUGUAAAAGAUAUUCUGAAAAUCAAAAUACCAAGGUAUUAUUUUUUGAAAGGUCCAAAAAGAGUUAUUGAAACUAUUGAAUUGCACUCAUUUUCAGACGCAAGUUUGCGAGCCUAUGCCACGGUCGUCUAUUUACGAAUUGUAUACAAUGAUGGAUCCGUUCAUACGAACCUAGUGACAGCUAAAAGUCGUGUUUCCCCGCUCAAAACACUCUCAUUGCCAAGAUUGGAGCUACUGGGUGCUCUGUUAGCCUCUAGGUUGAGUAGUCGAGUGUCUUCAAGUCUGAAGAUUCCCUUAGAGAAGCAUUGGUGGACUGAUUCUACCAUUGCUUACUUUUGGAUAAGAAAGUCACCUAGGGACUUUAAACCUUUUGUGAAAAACAGAGUUGAGGAGAUACAGAAACUCACAGAACCUUCACGCUGGACACAUUGCCCUGGUAAAGAAAAUCCAGCAGACAUGCCCAGCAGAGGAGUUUCCAUUUCUCAGUUGAAUCACAGUGAUUUCUGGUGGCACGGCCCCAAGUGGUUGCAAGAGCCAAAACAAUGUUGGCCCAAAUCUGAAGAACUGAACGUUGAAGAUGAAAAAUUGGAAUAUCGCUCGCGACACAAUUACACGCAGCAGUUUGAAGUCAUAGCCCAAACAGAGGAGCUUUUAGAUCUCUCUAAACAUAGCAAGCUUACCAAAUCCCUAAGGAUUACUGCCUGGAUCAAACGGUUUGUUUGGAACACGAGAAACUCGCCAAAGAAAAGUGGACCACUAACUGGAGUAGAAUUGGCCGAGGCAGAAAAUUUUUGGAUAAAGAACACUCAAGGUUAUGCAUAUCGUUCUGAAAUUAAAUCUCUUAGCAAGAAUGCGUUGAUUGAUAAAGAAUCAAAAAUAGCUAGCCUUGUUCCCUUCCUGGAUGAAAUAGGGAUCCUGAGAAUCAAAGGAAGAUUAGAUCAUUCAAAAUUCACCUUUGAUGAGAAGCAUCCUAUAUUGUUGCCACGCAGUUCCAAAUUCACCGAAUUGAUUGUCCGAAGAGAACACGAAAGGGUUCUUCAUUGUGGAGUAGAUAUCACUUUGAUCAACAUCAGGAAGAGGUUUUGGAUUCCGAAGGGGCGCCAGCUCUUAAAAGGUAUAAUUGGAAAAUGUCUUAUUUGCAGCAGAUAUUCAGCUAAAGCAGCAAAUCAAAUCACGGCUCCGUUGCCAAAGGACAGAGUUGUUGAAUCUCCGCCCUUUUCAGUAUGUGGAAUCGACUUCGCCGGACCCAUAUAUGUGAAGGAGGGUUCAGAUACUGUAAAAUCUUACAUAACUUUGUUCACGUGCGCAGUCACGAGAGCUGUACAUUUGGAACUGGUGUCGAACCAAUCAACUGAAUCCUUCAUUUUGGCUUUUAGAAGAUUUUUGGCGCGUCGCGAAAGUUGUAACAUAGUAUACUCUGACAACGCGAAAACGUUCAAAUCAACAGAUAAGGAAUUUCAAUGUUUUCAGAAAUUCCUGCGAGAUAAAACUUUUCACAAUUUCGUAGCUUCCAAAGGAAUCACUUGA